GCUGGGCUGCCAGCCCUCGGGGGCCAUGGAGGCUGACCCGUGCGGCUGCUGCGAGCGGUUGGUGCUCAAUGUGGCCGGGCUACGCUUCGAAACGCGCGCUCGGACCCUGGGUCGCUACCCGGACACGCUGCUGGGUGACCCGGGCCGCCGGCGCGCCUUCUACGACCCGACCCGCGGCGAGUUCUUCCUGGACCGCCACCGGCCCAGCUUCGACGCCAUCCUCCACUACUACCAGUCGGGCGGGCGCCUGCGGCGGCCGGCACACGUACCCCUGGACGUCUUUCUGGACGAGGUGGCCUUCUACGAGCUGGGCGCCGACGCGCUCGCCAAGCUCCGCGAGGACGAGGGCUUCGCAGCCGAGCCCGAGCGCCGGCUGCCCCGGCGGCCCUUCGCGCGCCAGCUCUGGCUGCUCUUCGAGUUCCCCGAGAGCUCGGCCGCAGCCCGCAUUGUGGCCGUCGUCUCUGUGCUCGUCAUCCUUGUCUCCAUCGUUGUCUUCUGCCUGGAGACCCUACCCGACUUCCGAGACGAACGCGACGGCCAGCCCGGGGCUGCCUCGGGGCCGCUCCCAUCAAUGUGGUCCAAUGGCUCCCAGCCAGUGCCUCCACCUCCAAGGGCCCCAUUCGAUGACCCUUUCUUCCUGGUGGAGACGCUUUGCAUCUGCUGGUUCUCCUUCGAGCUCCUGGUGGUCGCCCCCCUCUCCGUCUCCUGGGAUGGCUGGGAGGAGGGGGCCCUGGGAGACCCUGGCAAGGGACCCUCAGAGCCCAGGAGCUCCCAGCCCAGGGCCCAAGAGAAGGUGGCCCUGAGAAGUGUGGUGGCCACAGAGAUGCUUCUCCCAUCGAGCCCGCUCCACAUCUGGCUCUUCCUCUUUCUUCUAUGGGUCCUAUCCGGAGUGGUCCCCCAGGAGCCACCACCAUUGCCCCCAUUCCCAGGACCCGAGUGGGACCUGCUGUCCCCAAGGGUGGCCUUGUCUCGGGGGGCACCCUCAGGGCCCCCACUCCUCUUCCUCCUGGAGGCCUCCCUGGCAGCAGCCCCAGCCAACCGGAGCCGGCGAGAAGCUGGGGCCGCAGCAGAGGCUGGCCGUCGGGGCGAGCUGGCUGUGUGUGAUGCAGUCAGCGGCUGGGUGACCGACCGCCGCACAGCUGUGGACCUUCGGGGCCGCGAGACCACGGUCCCCGAAAGCCUCCCCCCGGCGUUCAAGCAAGACUCCCAUAUCCUGGACUUCGACGAGGUCUUCAGUCGCUGGGAGACGUCCUCAGGUGCGGCGCAUGGGCCCAAGACUCACGGCGAUGUGUACGCGCAGCCCAAGUACGCGCUCACGCCCAGGGUCAAAAGGACGCUAGGAAUCAAGGACUUGGGAGAGAAGCUCCAGCUCCGGUCCUGUCGGCACCCCUUGACCAUGGCGUACCAGAAAAGUGAGAUGCAGGAUAAGUACCAGGGCUGGCCCAACCUGGGCCCUGAGACCAUCACACGGGCAGGGCCCCAACCUUGGGAGCUAGCCGAUCACCACGCCCAGGGGCCCAGCCAGGCCCUGAUCCCCUCCAGCAAGAACCCAGCCCUCUCCGGGCUGCCUCUCUACAUCCCGGAGCAGGGUGUGCUCAACCGCCACCAGCCCUACCUGACCACAACCGCCAGAGACUUCCGCUACUACACCAGGAAGGAGAUGGCCGGCUGCCCCCGGAAGAACUGCCUAACGCACCAAGAUUUCUGCAAACAGCCUAGGUUGCUGGUGCUCGAGCCUCUGCAGCCCCUUCCUCGGGUGGCCCGCCUCGGCCAGGCCCGCCCAUGCGUCCCCCAUCGCGGGGCCGUGUCCCUGACCAAAGAGUCCUACGGGCCGCCCCAGUACCCACUGCGCGUGACUGACCGAUUCUGCCCCCUGGAGGCUCCCUGGGUGGGACCCCAAGUAAAGCCUGUGCCGGGCAUGCAGACCGUGCCCCACGUCUACCAGACCGAAAACUCUCGCUAUGGCAGCCUCAAACCCGCCUUCGUCUGAACUCUGCGCGCUGCCCGCUG